AUGAACUUCCCGUUUUCGGACCACGCUCUCAAGUGCGGACCGUUUCGAUAUGAUACCUCCCACACCCGCCACCGUUCUCGCGCAGACAUACGUCAGCUAGCUGAUCUCGACAAUCUUCCAACUGGUGCAGGGGUUUCGGAAGCGGCGCUCAACGUAUCACCGCCGGAGCAAGUCGCGAAGUGCAUAGCAAGCGGAACAGGCAUGGAGAAGGCGGGCUUGUUUCCAGAUGAUACGCUUGAGCAAAUGGAGCGGACGCUGGAAAAGCACAAAGAAGAAAGCAGACGCUUCGCGGAGACACUGAGUGAAAUCAAAGCAGAAGAUCCGCCGAAAGAGGUCAAAGAGAAAGAGGGGGAGGCUGCAGUCGACACUCAAUCCGAACAGAGCUCCAGGAUGCCCUUCAUCAACAAGCCAUUAACAGGUGGCCAGAGUGAAGUAUCUUGUGGCUCCCCGAUCGAAGACACAUGGUCACGGCAUACAUUUCUCUCAUCGCAGCGGCCCGUGAACGAAGAAGACACAGUCCAAGCCAAACCAAAGGACAAGAUCGAGUCGCAGAACAACGAUGCUAGUCGUGCCUCCACCUCGCAACCCCAGACAAAACCAGGCCCUCUACUCAAAGUCAGCCGACUAAGCGCUCUGAUCCUGCAGCGCUCUCGCGGCGUAAUCCCUGAUGACCACCCCGAACUUGUCAAUCUCGCCAAAAAGUUCGCAGCGAAAUGCAUUGAAGCAAGUCCCGAGUGGAUCCACGAAAUCGUCAGGACGGAAGCCGGUCGGCAAAACAAGAUUCUGGACCUCAUGAACGUCAUGGGUUUGUGUGUAGCGGACAAUGACACGGAAGAGUGGGAGCGCCUCCACAGGCAUCUCACGAUCUCGUUCGAGUGGGGCAAGACAAGGAACGAACUGAUGAGAAAGUACGGGGCGCCCACUGAAGAGCUGAACGUGAAGAUCAGGGAGGCCUUUGCGGGGAUGACCGACGAAGAAAUGCAGAACAAGUAUCCGGGCAUCAGAUCGAUCCCUUUUUUGGGGGAGUCGGCAGCAGAUGAGGCACUGGAAGGCUUGGUGGGGCUGGGGGGUGACCUCAAGGCCGCAGCCGUGUUGUUCAAUGCGCAGAUCGCUGCAAAAAGUGCAUCGAAGACUCCUAAGGUGGCAGAGGGCACGCAACGAGGUCCAGCUGCCGGCGCUGCACCGACCGACCUCCAGCGUCGAGUUAGGCGAGCAGUCAAAGCGGUCAUGAAGUCGGAAGCUGGGGGAUCACGAGCAACAUCCAGCAAAGCAGAGGCCAGCCAAACCAAGACUGCAACGGCUCAGCCGGCUGUGAAGUACGUGGCGGGGACACCAGAGCAUUUACAGGCUGUUGAGGAAGAGCUCUGGCGCGCAGCAACGGAAAGACCACUUUUGAGCCCAUCCGAAUUCAGCCUUGUUUUUAAACAGGCGUCAACGUGGGGGUUGUCGGCGGCAACGCUUCGGGAAGCAGAGGAGACCUAUCAGGAUAGCCUUUCGGGAAUGAUGGACACAGUCAUCCAACGACUGACUCCCAGCCAGCAAGCCGAGAUGGUAAAGUUUGGGAACGGGGAGCCUGGUGCCGUGAGCAAGAGCACACUGGAGGCAGUUCGGGCUAUUAUAAAAGAUGUAGCACCAAUGGAAACGGAAGGAACCCAAGCAGCGACAAAGGCCGAGCCGCCCACGCCGGUUCAAGACACGGCUCCUCAGCUAGGGAUUUCCAGGAUGGUACCCCGAGACUUCUUCAGAUCGGUUCCACUCCACGACCAAUUUUUCUUGGAUGCGCGAUCAUAUUACACCUUGCCCUUUUCAAGAUGGGAUGCGGAGUCGUUGGACUUGAAGUUUUUUGAUACAAUGCGGUAUCUGAAGUUGAAAGAGCACGUCAACCACGCUCGAUGGGAGCUGGAAAUGGAUGCAACUAGGCGGAUUGCAAUGGCGAAGAACAGGAUGACGUCUGCAGGCGUGCCAGGAGGAUGGUAG